AUUCCAGUUCACGGCACCAGAGGAGAAUAGAGGAGCAACCUCUCCUCUGAGGCAGCAACCUCUCCUCUCCCUGCUAUAUAUAACCAACAAACUCCCCUCUUCCUCUCUCACCCACCAUCCUCCCUCUACCUCUCUAUGAUUAGAAUAAUGCACCAAGCCUGACUGUUCCUCCAUGAUCAUUCAGCUGCAGAGGAAGGGCAGACAGGGCCUGUAGCUUCUCUGGCUGUUUGGUUUCCCGUGUUCGAUUGAUAGAGAAAAGAUGGAAAGGAAGGGGAGCCUGCUGAGGCUGCCUCCUGGCUUCAGAUUCCACCCCACUGAUGAAGAGCUGGUGGUGCAGUACCUGAAGAGGAAGGUCUUCUCCUGCCAACUGCCUGCCUCCAUCAUUCCGGACAUCGACCUCGCGAAAUUCGACCCUUGGGAUAUUCCAGGCGGAUUUGGAGAGGAGAGGUACAUGUUCAAUCUGAAGGAGGCCAAGUACCAGAUCGGGAACCGGUCGAACCGCGCGGCCAGGUCGGGUUACUGGAAGGCCACCGGCAAGGACAAGCCAGUCACGUCCGCUGGCCUCGGUCAGGUGGUGGGGAUGAAGAAGGUCUUGGUCUUCUACCGCGGGAAGCCUCCGGCCGGCACCAAGACUGACUGGGUCAUGCACGAGUACCGGCUCGCAGGCGCUGAGAGCCCGGCCUGCGUCUUCCCGCGGAGAAAGAACUCCACUUACAGCUGUAUGGCGCCGAGUGGAGACUGGGUGCUCUGUCGCAUUUUCAAGAAGAAAAGAGCCUCCGCCAUGGCGGCGAUCACCCAAGGAGAUGAGACACCUGCGAGUAACAGGAUCCACUUCAUUGAUUUCAUGGGGGAGAGAGACAGGGAUGGAGCCAGCAGCCAUCGUGCUCCAACCUGUUUAUCCAAUUCCAGCUGCCUCACCGACUCGUCCGACGGAGAGGAAAGCAAUUAUAGGAGAUGGCCACUUCCUUAGAGAGGCCCCUACGCGAUUAAGCGUUGCAGUUCCUGUAAUAUCUGUACCAAAACUUACUGCUUCUUUCUUCUUUUACCUUUUUCCUAAUCGCGGAAGGCAAAAUCCAUAUAAUAGAUCUUUGAGCCGUUGACACUAGAACUCGGGUAAGUGCCAUCUUCUAUCUUACAUUCAAGAGAUAGCAGCUGAACUGAUGGCCGAUGUGCGAGUAAUGUUCUAAUCUCAAUGAAAUCACAUGUUGUGUUCCGGUUGCCA